UACUGUAUACAAUGAUUGGGUAUAUUAUUAAAAGAAGUUUUCUGUUAUCGUCGGCUUCAUUGAUAAUAUCGUUGAGUUUAUAUACUAAAAGCCGACAACUGACCAAACAGUUACCGUCGCAUAUGAUUUGGCGAUCGGGCCGACAAACAGAAAUGUCUAACAGAAAUGAUAAUAAUAGUUAUAAUAAUAAUAAUAAUACUAAAAAGUCAUGGAUUGAAUGGUUAAGUAGGGCUCAUAUGUUUGACGUCGACAUUGAAUACUUCAAAGACAACUACAAGUAUAAUGUGAUUGCGUUGUUGGGUAUCAGCUAUGAAGAUAAUCAUACUAUUUGUUCGAUGGGAACGGCAGUCAUUGUGGACACCGUCUCAAAUAUGGCCGUUACCAAUGCUCAUGUAGUAGCCGGUCAUGACUAUAUGAUUGCCAGAAUAUGCUUUAAUGUGCCGACCAAACUGUUACCGGAACAGUCGUUCAUCAAACAGACAGAUAGAUUGAUAGCCCGAGUUAUUUAUAUCGAACCGAACCUGGAUCUGGCACUGGUAUGUCUAGUAGAAAUGGACGAUAUUAGCAACCGGUUGCUGGAUCUGCCGAUAGCUUAUCGUCGGCACGAACUGGGCGAACAGAUAGCCAUUUUGGGUCACGGCCAUGGCCAGUUAUGGACAGUCUAUGUCGGCUAUAUUAUUGCAAACACACCAAUUGAUUGUAUAGGGGAAACACAUUUUCAACCGUUGGCCGGAAAGUAUGACAAAUGCGAAUCGUUUGUAUUACACAAAUCAAAUAUAAUUCCCGGAACAUCCGGUGCGGCUCUGAUUGAUGACAACUUAGAGAUUGUUGCCAUAAAUUUUGCUACUUUACAUAUGACUGACAAACCAUCGUUGGCCACUCAUAGUAUAACUGUAAACGACUUUCUCGAUAGAGCCGCUAAUUACGUGCAAACAAGUGAUAGGAUUAAUGAAAAUUUCAAUCGUUUUAGACACCAUUAUCAAGAAAGUGGUAAUAAAUUAGGUAUUGUUUUGGCCAAAAGUACUGAUAAUAUUAACACCAAUUUUAUUGUCAUUGAUAUCAUCGACAAUCGCAUGUCUAAACUCGAGAUCGAUGAUAUCAUACUCGAAGUCAAUGACCAAUCAUUUACCGAAAUCAGUCAAUUAACAGAUAUCAUCGAUAGAUACGGUGAAGACGUUGUUUGGAUUAGUCGUAACAAUAAUUUAAUGCAAGUGAGAGUCAAUUGUUAUGAUUACGAUUGUAUACCACAAGUGUUUUAG